UCAUUCAUACAGCGAAUCUAAACCGUAAAUCUCACAUACUUUGACCAGUGGCUAAUUCCCAUCACCACCACCACCACCACUGAUCUUUUUGAGACAGAAACCGCCAGCAGCCUCCCUCGGAAAGAAUAAAAGCCUAGAGAAACAGCCACUCUCUCUGUCUCUUUCCUCCCUCUGGAACAAAACCCUAAUUCACCUCAACCCCGUAUCAAGCAAUAAAACAAAACUCAGGAGUUAACUUCCAUUUUUUUUUCUCUGUCCUGCUGCAACCAUCAAUUUUCAUGUUCCGUGGGUUGUUUAUUCUCUUCUUUACGCAUACCCUUUUGCCCAAAGACAAAAUAAAAGCAAGCCAAACGCUGUCUUCUUUGCAGAUCAGAGCUUUAAAGACAACUUGGCUUCCCUCUUAAAUGGGUAUGUGUAAGUAAGUAAGCAAAAAUCUCUCUGCAUAUCUCUCUCCAUAUCUCUGUCUCUCCACACGUCUUUCCUUUUAUCUCUCUCUGUCUCUGUGUCUGUGUAUUGAAGAGUAAUGGAUUCUGGUAAUAGUGGAAGUAUGCAAUCUUCAAGUGGUGGAGAUGAGGAGUAUGAUUCACGCGCAGAGUCAAUCUCAGCUUUCUUGAACAACAAUAACAACCCAUUAAGCCAUGUUGGUCCCAUGCCUAACCCACCACCACCACAGCCACCACCACCAGACCACCACCACCACCAAACCCAUCACCCCUCUUCAUCAUCCAUGUUUAACCUCUUAUCAAACUACUUUGAUCCUUUAUCCUCAUCAAGAUCGCCGCCGCCGCUCACAAACCCAAAUUCAUUCCUCAAUCUUGAUAUGGUCUGGUCCAAAAACUUAAGAUCUGAGACGAAUUGCACUGAUCUUGGUGGUUUCGUAACCCCAUCCUCACCAACCCAACAAUUUUUCACCAACCAACCACAAAGUAGAACCACUUUUCCUUCAGUACAAAUCCCCCAGGGACCAGAAAUUGUUGCAAGAGGUUCGGGUUCAGCUUCAGCUUCGGGUUCGAAUGAUCAGACCAACAACAACACCACCACCACCCCCACCAAUAAUAUUGUUCGUAAUCCUAAGAAGAGAUCCAGAGCUUCGAGGCGUGCACCAACCACUGUUUUGACCACAGACACCACUAAUUUCCGAGCCAUGGUUCAGGAGUUCACUGGCAUCCCUGCACCACCCUUCACAUCCUCGCCUUUUCCAAGAAGCAGGCUUGAUCUAUUUGGCACUGCUUCCACUUUGAGAUCAGCUGCCCAUUUGGAAUCCCCUACACCUCCUUAUCUUUUGAGACCUUUCGCCCAAAAAAUCCAACUUCCCCCUCCAUUUCUCUCUCCUUCGUCUUCAACGUCCUCAUCUUUUUCCACUUCUUCUAUGGUGGAUGCUAUAGCUUCCACUACUACAACUAACAUCAAUUCUGGUACUGGAACCAAUACUAAUACUUCUAAUUCUUCAACUUCCAUUAACUACCAGCUAUCGUCUGAUUUAGGACUUCUGAAGCAGCCACAGAAUCUACUCAACAUCAACAUGCCAAACCCAAUUCUCAAUCCCCACUCUCUCCUUCCUAAAUACCCACUUCCCAAUUCAGCCAUUCUUGACACCUCCAAAACGCAACAAGGGUCGUUGGACAUGUCAUCGAAUGAUUCACAUCUGAAAAUGGGUGUUCUGGAAGAGUUCGGUUUGAGCCAUGGCCAUGUUAGCACGAACCUCACUCGACUCCAAAACAUAGUAUCAUCAUCAAACACAACAUUGCGAGGAAGCGACAGCAGCAACAACAACAACCACCGCCCCGCAAACUGGGGAGAUGGAGUGGGAUCGAACGAGGGUGAUCAAGGUCUGUUAAGGUCCAUCAAUGGUAAUUACAGUAACUCACAGCCAAGAGUUACCAAUGGGAAAGCAAACUACUCGGCUUCUUCAUCAGAUUUUCAAGGCGAUAAGGGGCCAGAGAAUGUGACUGCUGCAAGAAGUGAAGGUAUGAUGGAAUCAUGGAUUUGUUCUUCAGAUUAGAAAUAUAUAUAUAUAUAUAUAUAUAUAUAUAUAUAUAUAUAUAUAUAUAUAUGUUUAAAAUGGAUAGAUAUAAAUAUUAUUACCAUUAAGAAGUUUCAUCAUAGUGAGAGAGACCAUCACAAAGAGAAUGAAGAUAAAGCAAAAAUGAUGGUGAGUAUCUUUGAUGCAUGAAAAGGAAGAAUAUUUUUUCUGUCUCUCCAUCUUAACCGUGACUUAAUUUCACCUUAAUUAGACGCUGUUUUCUUUUCUUUUCUUUUCUUUUCAUCUUAAUUAUUAUGUGUAAAUAAUAGCCUCUCUUUCAUCGUC